UGCAAAAGCAGUUUCACAAGUUUUCAUAGCGUAUCACUAACUACCUCGUAGCUAACCACUCGGAAAAGAGUAACCUUCAUUCGUAUCGUAUUGCUGCUGCAAAAGAACCGGCAUGACAGUGCCGGUGCCCGGUGAGGCCACAGAAGCGCCGAAAGGCGGUGAUACCGCAGCGCACGGUCGGCGCAGGCUGUACCUGGCGGUGGCGGCUACAUACUUCGGCACAGUCUCCACGGGUCUUACUUGCGCCUACUCUUCGCCGGCGCUGCCGGACAUGCGACGCACCAUGCACAUCAGCGAAGACUUUGCGGCGUGGUUCGGUGCCCUCGUGCUGGCCGGAGGCCUCGUCGCCGGGGUCAUCUCGGGUCACCUGCUGAGCUUGGCCGGACGCAGGGGAACGAUGUUGAUGUCGGCCGCCUGGUUCGCUGCCGGCUGGCUGUUCAUCGCCUUCGCGAAUUCUACAGCACUGCUGUUCAUAGGCCGCUUUUUGACGGGUGGUGGAAUGUCCGUCGCCUCUGCUGCGUCCACGGUGUUCGUAGCCGAAGUUACGCCCGCCAACCUCCGGGGGGCGCUGAACACCGGCUGCAACUUUGUCGAAACGGUGGGCAUCCUGAUCGGCUACGCCCUGGGCAAGUGGCUCAACUACAAGUGGCUCGCCGCCGCCUGCCUCGUCCCAGCAGUCAUCAACGGUGCGACGUUCCUAUUCUACGUCCGGGAGUCGCCAAUGUGGCUCCUACAAAAGGGACGACGGAAGGAGGCCAUGGAAGCCUUGCAGUUCUACCGGGGACCACAGGUAGAAGACGAAUUCACCGCUCUGGAAACCUGCACGGUCGACGUAACCACGAAGCUGACCUUCGGAGACUUGAAGGAGUCGUACGUCUACAGGUCGUUCCUGUGCUCCCUCCUGACUCUGCUCAUGCAACAGGGGUCGGCGAUCAGCGUUCUCAUCUUCUUCGCCCAAGACAUAUUGCAGGAGGCCGACGUGUCAAUUGCUGCCGACGACUGUACCAUCGUGGUGGGUGGCAUCCUGUCGGUGGCCUUCUUGGUGGCCACUGUGCUCGCCGACAAGGCAGGCCGCAAGUGGCUCUUCAUCGUCUCCACCGCCUCGUCAGCAGUCAGCCUGGCAGUGCUGGGUGUGUGCUUCUACAUGAAGCAAACGAAAAACCAACACUUCCUCGACAACUAUGCCUGGCUUCCACUGGCCUCCAUGUCGGUGUACUUCGCUGGAUACUCGCUAGGGCUCGGUCCCUUGCCAUUCGUGUACGUCGGCGAACUCCUGCCUCUGAAAACUAAGGGUGUCGCGACUGCUGUGUGCAUCGUUCUCUACUACUCCUUCGGCUUUCUAGUCACCAAGACAUACACCGACCUGUCCCGCUUGAUGGGUACUGCUGCUACGUACUGGCUGUACGCCAGCUUUCUGGCAGUGACUUUCGUUUUUGUGAUAUUUGUGCCCGAGACUAAAGGAAAAACCCUGGACGAAAUAGAAAGAUACUUCGGCAAGAAAUUGCCACCACCACAGCUGAACAAUGUCGGCGAAGUGGUAAUGUGUCAUCUUUAAAAUCGUAGGCGU